UGACAUGAAAUAUAUAGCUUAGACCAGGUGAGGAUCAGGCCCAAAACCAUGUGUGUGACCAGUUGAAUUGGCGGGAGUGUAGUAUCAGUUUAUUCCGAUAUCAAUGUCAGAACUUUGUGGCUUCCGACUUUGAGACCUUACGGUGGUUUCUCUUCCUCCCCUCCCCAACAUGGAGACCGUUCCCUCUGUUCUCAAGAAAUACUUUGGGUUUUCUAAUUUUAAGCCUUAUCAGAGAGAAGUUAUUGAGAAAAUUAUUGAGAGAAGGGAUUGUUUGGUAGUCAUGGCUACUGGUAGUGGGAAGUCCUUGUGCUAUCAGGUACCUCCCUUGGUUGUUAAAAAGACUGGGAUAGUUGUGAGCCCUCUGAUAUCAUUGAUGCAAGACCAGGUGAUGGCUUUAAAACAACGAGGUAUUAGAGCUGAAUAUCUUGGAAGUGCUCAGAAGGAUUUCACUGUGCACUCUAAAGCUGAACGUGGUCAAUUUGACAUUCUGUUCAUGACUCCUGAGAAGGCAUGCACAGUUCCUACAAGUUUUUGGUCCAACUUACUAAAGGCUGGAAUUAGUCUUUUUGCUGUUGAUGAAGCCCAUUGCAUAUCGGAAUGGGGACAUGGAUUUAGGGAGAAAUACAAGCAUUUAGACAAGUUACGUGAGGUCUUGCUUGAUGUUCCUUUUGUUGGUCUAACUGCGACUGCUACUGAAAAGGUUCGAUUUGAGAUCAUCAGUUCCCUGAAGAUGGAUAACCCUUAUGUUACGAUUGGUUCAUUUGAUCGCACAAAUCUUUUCUAUGGUGUCAAACCAUUGAACCGUGGACAAUCUUUUAUUGAUGAGCUUGUGUGGGAAAUUUCAAAAGAAGUUGCUACGGGUGGUUCAACUAUAAUUUAUUGCACAACAAUCAAAGAUGUAGAGCAGGUAUUCAAAUCAUUUACAAAAGCAGGCAUUGAGGCAGGAAUGUACCAUGGCCAAAUGAAUGGAAAAGCUCGAGAGGAGUCUCAUAGAUUGUUUGUUAGAGAUGAACUGCAAGUCAUGGUGGCCACCAUUGCCUUUGGCAUGGGUAUAAAUAAACCUAACAUUAGACAAGUGAUUCACUAUGGUUGCCCUAAAAGUCUAGAAUCCUACUACCAGGAAAGUGGACGAUGUGGUAGAGAUGGUAUAGCUUCUGUUUGUUGGCUUUACUACACAAGAAGUGACUUUGCAAAGGGCAACUUUUACUGUAGAGAUGUAAAAUCAGAAAAACAAAGAAAAGCUGUUAUGGAGUCAUUGCUUGCAGCUAAACGCUAUUGUGUGCUGACAACUUGCAGAAGAAAGUUCUUGCUUGAAUACUUUGGGGAAAAAUUUUCAGCUGAUAGAUGCGGGAACUGUGAUAAUUGCAAAGUCUCAAAGAAGGAGCGAGACAUGUCAACGGAAGCACCUAGUGAUGAAAUACUAACUUCAAACAACGUUGUUCAGCACCUAGUGAUGAAAUAUGGAAAUCAUUUUCUUCAAGUUAUUCAGAAACUGUCACAAGGACUAAACCUAUCAUUGGAUGGGGAAGAAAGGGUCCCAACGGCUAUUUUGAAAACUAAUACAGUAACGAAAGUGUCUCCACUAACCAACAAAUACAAGAAGUUGACAUCAGCAAAGUUUGAAGCAUGGAAAAUGUGGCAUAAUGGUCUUUCUAUUCAUGAUAUUGCUAACUUAGAAGUUAGAUCGGCUCCUAUAAGAGAACAAACUGUUGUUGAAUAUCUACUCAAAGCUGCCCAAAAAGGAUUACCUUUUUAUUGGGUUAGAUUCAACAAGAUGAUAGGACUCACUCAAGAGAUCAUGUCAGAAAUUCAGCUUGCUAUUUCAAAAGUUGUAUCUACAGAGAAGUUGAAGCCUAUAAAAAAUGAAUUGCCAGAAGAUAUAAGUUAUCAGCACAUCAAGACUUAUUUGUCAAUGCAAAACUGUGGUAUAUCCUUGGAAACAAAUCAGUAUGGAAGUAACCAAACCGGGAAAGAUGAUGAACUUGCACACAAUGCUUCAAAUUUGUCAGACUGUACUUUAGAAACAUGUCCUGACAGGCAAUGUGAAGAUGACACUUCUGUAAAAGCUUUGGCUGAAGAACGUGACUUAGAAAUGGAUGAGGUACCUUCUUUACCUGUCAACGGUUCCGAGGAAGAGAAGCUUUCAAAUGCCAGGGAAGGGAAAUUCACAAGAAAACGACAAAGGGUCAGUGAAACGAAGGAAGUAAACUCAACUAGACUGAAGGCUACAGUGACUUCUGUUAUAGAGUGGAUGAAGAACCUUGAUGAAGGGGCUACGUUGAGCAAUAUUUUUGAACACUUCAAUGGAUCCAGUGAAGAUUCUGUGGUUGAACUGCUCAAUUGCUUAGAGUGUGACUUUUUAAUAUAUAGGAAAGGGAACGUGUACAGGGUUUUGUAACAGUUUAUGCAUCGUGUUUUGUAGGUCACGCUUGUGAAAAUCUAUUUCUUUGUAGUCUAUUGCAUUUUCUCUACAAUGUUAACUGCCUAGAAUAAUGAACAUACUAGUCAUUUCAUAACAGCUCCAGGUGUUUAACGGUAAAUACAAUUUUCGUUUUUCGGUU